AUGUCGCCCCCGACUGGAAAUGCAGGCCGAGAAAAGGAGUCCAACUUGGCCAGACUCCUUGGCUCAGGUACACCAUUCGCCACUUGCAAGCUCCAAAGUCCUCACCCUACUCGAGUGCCCGAGGCUUUCGCACCUCUGCAUAUCACCUACACUGGUGAUAAAGAAACUUGCCACGGACGAGCUGACAAUGCGAUUUCUCACAACCCCCAGGUUGCCAGUGCGAGCCAGUUGAACCAGGUUAUUUUCAAGGACAAGGCUAGCGCUCCUUUGGGUCGAAAGUUCAUCUCGCUGUUCCCGGGUCUCGGUUACGCAGCCGGUUACAAAGUCCUUCAAAGAAUAUACAAGUAUGGCGGUCAGCCUAUUGCACGCGACUAUUUGGCCAAACACUAUGGAAAGGACUUUGAGGCGGCUUUCGGCAAAAAGACUGGCAAGGCCAUUAUGCAUUCUACUGCUGGCAGUCUGAUUGGUAUCGGUGAAAUCGUCCUUCUACCCCUCGAUGUCCUCAAGAUCAAGCGCCAGACAAACCCCGACGCCUUCAAGGGCCGUGGUGUCCUCAAGAUUGUUGCUGACGAAGGGUUUGGGCUAUACCGUGGUUGGGGAUGGACGGCUGCCCGUAAUGCGCCCGGAUCAUUUGCGCUUUUUGGCGGUUCUGCUUUUGCCAAGGAAUACGCGUUCCAGCUCCAAGAUUACAACAAGGCUACGUGGUUCCAAAACUUUGUUGCUUCAAUUGCCGGCGCUUCAGCUUCACUUGUUGUCUCUGCUCCUCUCGAUGUCAUCAAGACUCGAAUCCAGAACCGCAACUUUGACAACCCGGAGAGUGGAUUCCGCAUCCUGGCCAACAUGGCUCGCAAAGAGGGUUUCUCAAGCUUCUUCAAGGGCCUGGUUCCCAAGCUGCUCAUGACCGGUCCCAAGCUCGUCUUCUCUUUCUGGCUUGCCCAGACACUCAUUCCCGCUUUUGAUGUUGCCUUCUCCAAGAAGUAA